GUCCCCAUGACACUGCAUGUGGAUGAAGAUAGGUGGUAGUAAAGUCAGGAAUCAAAAAAGCAGAGGAGAGUAGGAGCUCACUCACCUACAGCAUAGAGGUGCUUCAGCCGAGUUAGUGCUUGAAGAGCAACUUUUUUUUUUUUUUUUUUUUUUUCUUCUUCUUUCUUUUGCAAUCAUCGCUUGCUUGACAGGCCCAGACGGAAUUACAUCACUUCCUAAAACCCAUCAAAGAGAGUCCAUCUCCUGAAGAAAUGCAGCUCAGAUGCACCCCGGCAGGAAACAGGAAAUGUAAAUGUUCGGGUGCAGCAGGGAGCCAGCCGAAGCACCCCUCGGGUGGGAGCGCCGCCAGGGCGACAUGCGAAAGCAAAACCUCAUCGCGCUGCUUUCUGCCCUGUCGCUGGCCGGAGGAUCUGCUGGGAACAGUGAGCUCUGAAAAUGACGGUUCAGGAGAUGGAUCGCCAAUAUUACCCACGACUGCAGUAACGCCUCUUCCUGCCACGCGUCCCUCGGCCGCGGAUGACCACGAGCCAGCACUUGUCACCUCAAGCGCUACUGAAAGCGGCUUCGAAACAAAAAGUACUACAAGUACUGAAUUGAAUGUUGUGAACAAUCAGGACAGCCUAGAAGCAGCAGAACAGUCUAUCUUGAUAUACGUUGUCCCCCUUGUGCUGCUGGUCCUGCUGAUUUUGCCGAUCAUAUUUUUUGUAAUACAUCAUAAAAGGAAAAAGUCUAAGCAAGAUGAGCUGGGAAGCGAAAAUGUGAAAAGUCCUAUUUUUGAAGAAGACACGCCCUCUGUUAUGGAAAUAGAAAUGGAAGAGCUUGAUAAAUGGAUGAACAGCAUGAACAAAAAUGCUGACUGUGAAUGUUUGCCUACUGUAAGAGAAGAAGAAAAAGAAUCAGUUGCCAACCCAAGUGAUGGUGAAUCAUGAAGUCAAAACAGCAAAGAACUGGUUAAAGGGAAGCAGCGCACAAGCAGAUGAUCUUCCAGAUAUUGGAUGAACUGGAUUUAAAUAUAAUUAAUUUCAAAAGGCCAGAGAAGCAAAUGCUUUUGUUGCGUCCUGCUACAUACAGCCUUCAGAAAGGAAACAAAGUGAAGAAAAAAAAAAAAAAAAAAAAAAGGAAAAGGACUAUAGUAAGAUUAGGGGCUGAUUUGAAUUCCUUCUGCAAUGAGAUUCAUCACAAAUGAAGAUAAGCCUCUUCUCCCCAUGCCUCCUUCCCUCCCCCCCAAAAAAAGAAAAGUUCUCAAAAUAGUCCAUGUUUCUGUCUAGUUCUUCAGUUGUCUAUUGUUCAGGACCAUUUCUGAUCAAAGUUUGGUGGGUUUCUUCAUUUUUUGUGGGUAGCUUUUUUUAAAAAAUAGCAUCAGUAAUUCUCGACUACCCUGGUUUGAUGGGUGUGAAGCUCAUGUCUACGCAAUGUUUGGUUUUCAAUUUGCUUUUUGGUAACAGUGUACUGAUUUGCACAGGACUUCUGCUGGGAAGGUACCAGACUAGGACUGACAGACCAGCUCUGAGGUCAGAGCAGCUGAAAAGCCUCUCAAAGGACUUAACAGAGGCACCUGCAGCCCAGUGAGGGCAUAGUCUUUGUAACAUGCUGUUUGGUUUUCAAAUUAAAGGCAUUGUAGAAGUGAAAAUA